AUGGAUGAUGAUUUGUAUGAUGAGUUUGGGAAUCUAGUCGGAGAAGAUCAGAAUACUUCUGAGGAGCAGGCGAGCUCGUCGAGAGAGAGUGAUUUUGGUGAAGAUAGUAACAUCCCAGAAGGUGAAAGCCAAGAUGCGGAAGUUCUAAGUAAUGCCUUGGUUAAGACAGAUUUGAACGAUGUAUACGGGGAUGAGGUUGAGGUUCUGGUGGAGACGGAGAAUACGCAAUCGAUAAAUGAACCGCUGGUGGCUCCCUCGAUGGGUAGGUCCAGAGGAAAAGAAUAUGGAUUGUUUUCACAAUUGAGGAAAAACGUUCCAAAGACUAAAUAUGACAGAGAGUAUUUGCUUUCAUUACUUGCUGUUCCUGAGAGAAUUAGGAAUGUAGCCGUCAUUGGACCUUUACAUUCCGGUAAGACGUCACUUUGUGAUCUAUUAGUGCUGGAGUCUCAUGAAAAGAUGCCACACGUUACUAAAAAUAUUAGACAGGGCUGGAAGCAAUUGAAAUAUACGGACACCAUGAAACAAGAAGUGCAAAGAGGAUUAAGUACUAAAUUAAAUGGGUUUACACUUUUGUCAACAGAUCUAAACAACAAUUCCAUUGCGAUGAAUGUACUUGACGCUCCAGGUCAUGUGAAUUUCAUGGACGAAGUUGCUGUCGCAUUGACUGCUUCUGAAAUAGCUAUCAUUGUUCUCGACAUUGUAGAAGGUGUAACAUCCGUUGUCGAACAGUUAAUAAAGCAAUGUGAGAAAAGAAAAAUCAAAAUGAUUUUUCUCUUAAACAAGAUCGAUAGAUUGAUUAUUGAAAUGAAACUUCCUCCAUUAGAUGCAUACUUGAAAAUAAAGCAUUGUGUGGAUAAAAUUAACUCAUUCACUAAAGACUUACAUUCGCCAGUUUUAGGAAACGUUUUAUUCGCUUCUACAAAGUUGAACUUUACUUUUUCCAUUAGAGAGUUCGUUACGUAUCAUUAUAUGGACAGGAUUCCGAAUAGCAAGGUUGACGGACUUAUUGACAGACUUUGGGGGGAUUAUCAUUUUAAAAAUGGGCAAUUCGUAGAAAUAACUAAUGUGAUGAAUGAGACUCCCACUUUCCUUGAUUUUAUCCUGUUGCCUUUGUACAAAAUAAUAACUCAAACUCUAUCGGUAGUAGAUUAUGAUAAAUUAGCUGAUUCACUGGAGCAAAAUUUUAAUAUUCAUUUAAACCAGAAUGAAAUAAGCCAAAUGGAUUCUUUACCAUUAUUGAGACAUGUCUUGACACUAAUUUUCAGAACAGAAGCAGGCUUAACUCAUGUCAUUGCACAAAAUAAAAUAGCUAUGUUAAAAAGCGAUAAGAAACUUCUGGCGAGAGCUUUGAAAACAUUAGAUUAUGGCGGUAAUGAUUAUACACUGCUUAAAAUUCAAGAAGGUGUUCUGGAUUCAAAUUCGAAAUUUUUUGUAAUUGAUAGCAAUAAAGAUUUUGAUGAAGAUGAAAAAAAUUUUGAUGAAUCCUUGUCAGUAACUGAAAUUGCAUUAAUGGGAGCAAGAUACGUUUAUAAUGUUGACCGUGCUGGUCCGGGACAAAUUGUCUUAGUGAAAGGUAUCUCCAGUGCCUUUGAUAAAUCUGCAACUAUUGUGGCAAACGAUACGGAGAAUAUUGAAGGAAACUUGUUUAAACCGCUCGAUUAUAUUAACUAUCCAUGUUUUAAAGUCUUUAUUCAACCGUUGGUACCAAAAGAGCUACCUAAACUUCUGAAUGCUUUAAAUAAAAUAAAUAAGUACUAUCCAGGAGUGGUGAUAAAAGUUGAGGAAUCAGGGGAGCAUGUCAUAUUGGGUUUCGGUGAACUAUACAUGGACUGUCUUCUAUAUGAUUUGAGAACCAACUAUGCCAAUAUUGAAAUUAAAAUAUCUGAUCCGGUCGCGAUCUUUACCGAAAGUUGUCAAAAUGAAUCGUUUGCAGCAAUACCAGUCACGUCUUCAAGUGGCAAAUUGUCGAUAAGUAUAGGAGCAAAGCCUCUUGAUAGGGCUUUCCUGAAAGAUUUGAGCAAGGGUAAACUAAAUGAAUUUGAAAUUGAUAAUCAAGUUAAAACCGGAAAUAUGAGAGAUUUAUCAAGAAAAUUGAGAGAAGAGUAUGGUUGGGAUUCUUUAACAGCAAGAAACGUCUGGACUUUUCAUAACUGUAAUGUCCUAGUUGAUGAUACACUACCUGACGAAACAGAUAAAACUACUCUCAAUAAGUAUAAGUCACAAAUUAAACAAGGUUUUUAUUGGGCAAUGAGAGAAGGGCCUCUUUGUGAAGAAGAUAUAUACGGAAUCCAGUUUCAACUUCUGGGAUUUGAGCUUCAAAAUGGUGAUGACGACAAUGAAAUUAGUGGAAGCCAAUUAAUUCCUAUGAUAAGGAAAGCAUGCUAUAUUGCAAUGAUGACAGCAAGCCCAAUAAUAAUGGAACCAAUUUACGAAGUCAAUAUUGUCGCAAAAAGUGCAAUACUUCCCAUUGUAGAGGAACUAUUCCAUAAUAGGAGAGGUGCCAAGAUAUACAGAGUCGCAAAAAUAGUGGGUACACCGUUAUUAGAGGUGCGGGGUCAAAUACCAGUAAUCGAAUCGAUUGGUUUUGAGACCGAUUUAAGAUUGAGCACACGCGGUAACGCUAUGUGUCAGUUACAUUUUUGGAGUAAAAUUUGGAGAAAAGUCCCAGGUGAUGUACUAGAUGAGAACGCAGUAAUACCGAAAUUGAAACCUGCACCAAUUCAAAGUCUCAGUCGUGAUUUUGUAAUGAAAACGAGAAAGAGGAAGGGUAUCUCCAAUGACGGCAUCACAUCACAUGACGGACCUUCCUUAGCCAAAUAUAUCGAUCCUGAAUUGUUUGAGCAAUUAAAAUCGAAUGAUUUGAUAUAA